AUGGAACUGGAGUGGCCGCAGGUCGAGCCAGGUGUACUGGCAUUCCUUCAGCGGGUCUUUGGAAGGCCAUGGCGGUUGGAGGCAGCAUUUGAUGAUGACCAGGACUGCGGCGAUCUUCUUAGAUCUGAGUUCCCACACAUGGUUGAUGAGGAGUUACGUGACUCUGUAGCCAUCUUGAUGAAUUGGAAGGUGGAUUCAGAUCGGCCUCUCAAACGUUUCAGAAAGGAAUUGGUUUCUUCUGCACUCUUUGUUUUGCCCCAGCCAAAUGUUCUCAACUUGCAUGACGAGUUUCAGAGAUUGACGAAGACCAGCGUUCAGUGCAUCUUGGAGAUGCAUUCGAAGCGCAAACAGCGGAAAUAUCGUGAAGAUCCACCUGAUGUGAGGUCCAAGAGGUUUGAAACUGAGAGACGGAAGUAUUCACUUCUGUUGGCACAGGUGAUGAUCAAUGCGAAGCUACCUGUGGUGGACCUCAUCACCACGUUGGAUGACCCUGGGGCGGCCUGGGUGCAUAUCUUCGCUGCACGCCGUGCCAACACGUUGAAGGCACGAUACAAAAUUUGGAAGCCCUUUGAGCGUUGGUUGGAGCUCCACAGGGGAUAUUUGUUCCCGGAGUCAGUCAAGGAUGUCAUUGACUAUGUUCAGCAUCGUGUGGACGAUGGAUGUGGUCGCACCAUCCCAGAGUCUCUUAGCGUCACAUUAGCGAUGCUGGAGCAGUUGGGGAGGGUGCCAGAUGUGAUGAGAAUUUCAGAUGACCCUUUGUGGAAGGGACAUGUGAAGUCACAGCAGAGCUUUGUGAGGCGGUCUGGUCUUGGAUGGGAGCUGAUGCAACAUGUCCUGCUGCUUCCUGAUGGGCUUCAGAGUUUCUUUUCAGGUCACAGCUCACGCAACUUUGUGACAUCGGUGGCAGCAGUGACAGGUUUCUCUCGAGACGAGAGGGCUUUUCUUGGUCGGUGGUCCAUGGGUAUGGUUGCAUCGGAAGAAUACGUGAGGACAUCCAGGCAGGUGGUGUUCAAGAUUCAGAAGGCUGUCAAUCGCUGCUUGGUUGAUGGCACCAAUGGGCCUUACUUUGAAGACGAGCCCAUUCAGCGGCUGUGUGAUGCAGCUGAAGUGACAGGUGCAAAUCCCAAUCGUAUUCGGAAGCGCCACACUGUCUUGGGUGACUGGUCAGGGAUUCAUUCACUUGGUGGAAUUUUUCCAACAUUGGAGGUGGCUGAUGGUGACUGGCCAGAACUUGAUGGAGAUGUCAGCGGGGACAUUGAGCUUGCUGACAAGGUCGCCACCCUGGCACAGAAAGAGGCUCUCUGCGGUGAGAGCACCACCAAGUACUUUGUGACCAUUUCCAGGAGGACAUGCUUGAGGCGUUUGCACCUCAGUGGCUGCUUUGUGAAGCCAGACAGGUGUUGCGAAGUGGUCUAUUUGGACCAAGUCAACAGUGACGAUUUUGACACUGUUUGUCAAGGAUGUAAAAAGAGGAUGUUGACGGAGUGUGGAAAGGAGCAAGGGGAUCAAUCUUCCUCGACGGCUUCUUCGUCGUCAACUGCAUCAGGCAGUGACGCAGGUGGAGAGGACCCACUUGAGGUUGGAAUUGCCCGUCACUAUGGGAAUCUUAGGAAAUUCAGUGCCUUGGGAGACGACAGGGCCGCGAUCAGGACUGCUUGUGUACAAGAUUUUGCAAUUCCACAGGACACACCUGAAAGGCGGUCACAGAUUGCAUCAAUAGUAGCUGCAUGGGAGACUGCUAAAGAGUACCUCUCUAAAGAGGUUGAGUUGAAGGCGGAGGCGAAGGUAUUGGGUCAGCCCCGAGUGUUACAGAUUCAUGAGAGACAGGCCAUGCUCAGAGCUGUUGAGGCGAUUCAUGGAACACUUGGGGACCAGGAAUGCCCAUCCACUGACUAUCUUUCGAUCAAGGCGGAGGAGACCGAGUGCAAUGAGCCAACAGCUGCACCCUUAGACGAAAUCCUUUCAAAGCAUUCCUCCACGAACGCACAGAUUCAGUCAGCAGUUGAUUCCUCUGGGCAUAUCAGGGUCACCAGGACGAAAACUAAGGGUAAGAUGCCAUCUACGACGGAGGAAUACCGGAGGACAAUGAAAAUUGAGAUGUACUCUUGGUUAUGCAUGGCUUCAAGGUAUCGGGCAAAACACUGGUUACAUGGAUUGACUGCCGAGCCAUUUUUGAAGUUUACUGAGUACAUCUUGGGGGAUCGUGUAUUUGGAAUCCAGAUACCAUCGGCUUCAUCUGAAACAUUACAACAGAAGGUGAAACCUGAUUGGACAGUGGUGCUUGCCUACGAGCACAAGUUGAGGAAGGAGGCCAUGAAAAGAGUUUUGGAAGGAUACACAUUGGCUGAGUCGUUGCUUGCAGUGAUCCGUGAUCCUGAUUUGAAAGAAGCUUAUUUCACGACGCCGGUGGCCCUCAAGGCGGCAUUGUCAGAGACUCAGAGUCAGCCUCACAAGUGGCCACGUUACAACAGCAAGGGUGGACCCCAGAUGGACGUGAGUUGUGUUUUGCAUGGAACAGUUCUGACUGCGACGGGUCUUGUGGUAGGGUCCAUCAAUGCAGGGUCAAAGGAUGCUAUGGCAGAUGGUUGUGCAGCCAAUCCCAGCGAGGCUGCACAUGUUGACAAAACAGAGCAACUUCCGCUUUUGAGGGUGGUUUACCUGUUUGCUGGGAAGCGUCGCCAUUCUGAUAUUGCGGCAUUCUUGAAGAAGGUCGAUGAGGCCAACACCUUUGUUGACAGGUGCAUUAAGGCAUGUCACAUUGUCGCUGAGGCUGAAGGACACUUCAUUUUGGAACAUCCUGAGGACCUUGGCACUGUAGAAGGUGAACAGCCGGGGUCGAUAUGGCAGUGGCCUGAGGUUUUGGAACUUAUUCCAGCAUGUGGGGCGACAUCAUUUGCAAUUCAUCAAUGCAAGUUUGGUGCACCGACUCCUAAACCUACACGUUUCAUGUCCAACAUGGAGGUUCAGGAUGCUAGAUGUCUUAUUGCUUUGCCAAAGUUUGACAAGCUUGGUUACUACAAGGGACCGCUCCCAAAGCAGUGCGGUCAUGUGCACACCCACAAGCUUAUUGGUAGGACUGCGACACAGUGGAACACGAGUCCGAGUGCAGCAUACCCAGCAAGGCUUUGCCAAUUUCUUGCUGAUUUGAUCCUUAAUGCUAGCGCAUCCUACGGUGGGGGCGUGAAGGACAAAUCCAGAAAGAGGGCCAUAGACACUUCUUCUGCAGAGGCUCCACAACCACCAGCUAAGAGGCCCAAUUCUUCUGCAGCCCAGGGGGAGCAUGGAACAACUUACAACAACAACGGGGAACUUGUUACAGCUUACAACAACACUGGCGAUACUGGUGGACAACAGGUGGACGAAGGGCCAAUGGCCAUAGCAAGCGAGGUUCAGUUCGACAUGGCUGCAUGUGGAAACGCGGGCAGGCCCAUUUCAGUUGAGUGGGAUAGGACUCACAAGGAGUUCACUGACGGAUUUGGUCUUUGCAGCCCAACACGUUGGAAACCAUCUCAGAGAGGUGUCCACAGGUCUGAGGUGAUGAAACAACUGGCAGAUAACACAUUUGCUAUCCUGGAGGAAGCAGUGAUGGUUGCAAUUCCUGACGUCCGCAGGGAAGCGUUUAGACUGGUUACUGGGAAGUUGGAUGGAUCGCCUUUUUCAGAUGAGCUUUUGGCUGGAGUCCGGUCUAAGUGGUUUUCUUUACUUGCAGAUCCUUUGGACGCAGCAGUCAGGGACGAGGGGCAGCCAUUUUACCUUAGAGCGUUGUCACAGUGGCUCAAAGUUUUCGAUGACCCUGAUUGCAAGUGGUUGGUGGACGAAAAAGAUUCAUUUUCAACUGGCGUUUGUUUGGGUGUUGAAAAACCAUUGCCAAGAUCACCACAGGUGUGCCGGCCGAAAUUGAAGCAUCGGCGCUUAGAUGAUACGGAGUUUGCUGCAAUUGCUCAGAACUAUCCUUCGGCUCAGAUUUCAUCGAAGGAACUCGAAGAAAAGUUUCAUGAGGAGGAGGCACUUGGUCGGAUGCACCCGACGAAGCUGGGGGUACUCCGGCAGCAGUAUGGAGACAGAGUCAGGGUAGCAGCAAUGGCCGCUAUACAGAAACCCGAUGGAACAGUUCGUCCCCUUCACGAUGCGACACAUUCUGUGAUGGUGAACCAUGCCAUUAAGUACCAGGACAAGAUCGAUUGCCCUGGUCCUGCUGAGAUAGCCUCGGUGGUGAGGGAGACUGCAGAAUCACAGGAAGCACCGUUUUGCGUGAGUGCAGAUAUACGGGCAGCUCAUAGACUGGUCAAAGUGAGAGCCUGUGACUGGGGCUACAUGUGUUGCAAGGCAGACUCCAAAUCGGAGACGAUCUGGGUGAACAGGACGGGGACGUUUGGGAUCUCCAGCGCACCUUAUUGGUGGUUCAAGCUGGCGGCACUGAUAGGGAGGUUUGUUGGUUUCCUUUUUCAACAACGUUGGCUCAUGCACAUGAUUUAUGUUGACGACCUCCAUGGAGUAUUUACUGGGGAGAGGAAGUUCCUCUGGCUAUGGAUUUGGUUGCUUGCUUUUGAGAUGACAGGCGUGCCGUUUGGAUACCACAAAUUCAAAGGGGGGUUCUCAUCAGAGUUCGUUGGAUUUCAGAUUAGAUAUGAUUUGACUGAAGUCGGGAUAUCCCCGAAGCGCGGCGAUUGGAUUGUGCAAUGGGUGAACAAGGCAUGUCAGAACAAUUUUGUGGUUCAGGCGCGUGAUUUUUCAGAGUUUUUGGGGAGGCUUGGAUUUAUUGCCCAACUGCUGACAUGGGUAAAGCCUCACCUUGCCCCGCUGUUUUCCUGGGCAGCUGUGACGGCGGCUGGAACGGUAUGUCGUUUGCCGGAGACGGUGAUCAUCACGUUGCACUAUCUGCGCAAUGAAUUCUUGAGAGAAACCUUUUUGGUAUCUGCCAGAAGACCAGUACGAUUUCAUGAGGAUCAAUUCAGAACUGAUGCAAAGUGCACUGAUACCUUUGUAGUGUUGGCAGGUUGGGAGUUGAAGACCAGACGAUGGUUCGCUUUGAAGCUUGGCCCUAAGGAAGUUCCUUACCUUUUCAAACCUGACAAAGGAUCACAAUGGGCGUCAACCUCAGCAGAAUUGUUAGCAUCGCUCACAGCCCUUCACUUAUUUGGGUGGCUGAAGGAACAGAAAGAGAGGAGAGAUAUUGAAGUCUCCCUUUUUGGGGGGACAGACAACCGUGCGAACGAGUCACUGACAGAGAAGCGUUCCACUACGAAGUGGCCACUGAUGGGGAUUAACAUGCAAUUGUCAUCCUCUCUAUCAAGAUCGAGGCUGAGUUUGGGAUUGAGGUGGAGGCCGAGAGAAGAAAAUGUGGAAGCAGACCAAUUAACAAAUGAGGACUUCACAGGCUUUGAUGAGAGUCUCAGAAUUGAUGCUUGCUGGGACGAUUUGCAAUUUAAGGUCCUUGAGGACUUGGUUCAGACGAGGGAGUCCUUCGUGCUGGAAAAGGCCAGGGCCAAAGAAAUGGCUGUGCGUGCCCCGAAGGUCAGACCGAAGAAGUUUGACAAAUCACCAUGGUGA